ACAUUUACCUCAAAAUAUUCAACUCUUCUCAUUGAAAGACAUCAAAAUGAAUUCUUUAAAACUCUGGAGUGCACUGUGUCUGCUAAUAAGCAUUCAACAUUUUAACAAUGGCUACGUAUCAAGCAAGACGUGCUUUUGGCAUAGAGAUACUGAGAUAACAGCAGAAAUCUUCGACGAGAGAUUUCAAAUCUGCUGCGAAUUAUCAGGGAUACACAACAAAAGCAGACAAGACAGUACUCCCAUAGGCUGCUGUGGAAACAAAACCUACGACAAAAUAUCUGAGGUCUGCUGUAAUCAGAAAGUUCACAACAGGCAUAUACAAGGUGGAUCAGAAAGUGGAAAGCAAAGAGUCUGCUGCGGGGACAAACUGUUCAUUGCCAAGAGGUCCCAUCACUGCUGUGGAAGUAACUACGUCCCCUCGAAUCUGAGGUGUUGUGGUCGGCAGACACCUUACAACGCCUCCGAGUCUAGAUGUGACUAUGAUACGGUUGUUCCGCGGGGACACGGGGUGUGUGACGGGCGACCCUAUGACAAGUUUAAAUACAAGUGCUGUAGCAGGUCAAGGCUCCACAACGUCUCCUCAUUUGACAAAACGUUCGGCUGUUGUGGAGAGAAACUGAUCGACACAAACACGCAGCAAUGCUGUGGGUGGUCUAAGAUGAAGAUCAUACAACCAUUAACUGGACAAUGUUGCGGACUCUUUGACUCUAACAAGGAGAUCUGCUGUCAAGGAAACAGAAUUGUUUCUAAUGGUGUUCUGCGUUGCUGUGGUAACGGGUCUGUUAACAUCAGCGACCCAAAAGAGGGCUGCUGUAUGGCUGGGAAAGUCGGGACGUCUUAUAGAAAGAACACAGAGAAAUGCUGCAAUGGAUCAGUCCACUUCAUAAGAAAUACCAAAAACGCAACGUGUUGUGGCAAGCAGCUCUUGUCCUCACGGGAACAAGUCUGCUGUAACAACAGAGCCAUAAUCAACAAGACAGCCCCGUCCCACAAUUCCUGUUGUUCAGAGCGACCGGGGCGAUACAGAUCUUGUAACAGGCAAGUCCCCACCAAGAGACCCGAGACGUGUGGAAGAGUACCUUACAAUGAAGACCGAGAUCUUUGUUGUAAUAAUAAGUUCCACCGAGAUGCCAAAGUGAAUGGAAAGAAAUGUUGUCUACCGGGGACUGAAUCAUACUACCUUCACAAUGAAACAUGCUGCUACUCCACUGUCAAGGACAAAACAGAGGAAUGCACUGGAAGUAACAACAGAAAGCCAUCUUCAAUAAUGCAGGGUCAAUCUGGUCCAAAAGGACCUGCACAGCCAGAACAACAAACCAAAGGAGUGUGUAGAGUUUGUUCUCCUGGAUGGAGACCAAAUGCCAUCAUAAUGUCUAUUUACUCCAAAGACACUAACAUCUGCACUCAAAAAGCAAUGAAAUUUGUUGUCAACAAAGUCCAUCAACUCAAUACAAUAGGACUUCCACUGGCAAUGCCAUGGACUUGGUUGAAUGUCACUUCCAAACAUAACAUCUAUCGAGAAAAAGGUGCACCUUCCCUGAAGCAAAACUUCACCCUUUUUCUGCCCUGUGCCUGCCCUGAACUCAAGAAAAUGGAAGGAGAAAAAAUCCUGCUCCUGACAAAUGCCGAGUUUAAUAAAAAGAGGAUCUUCCUAGGGGACAGUGACCUCAUUCUACCAGGGAGGAGAAAAGUGCUGCAACUUGUCAAAAAGCAGUCUAAAACAUGCCCCAAUUAUGUUGUACAAAAUAUAGCUUUCCUCAUACAAAUGUCCUCCAUUGGAUGAAUCUUUUAAUAUACUCUGGUAUUCUGA